AUGAGAGUAUCAGUUACAGCAUUAGUUGCAUUACUCGUCACAUCAGUUUCAGCAGCAGCAGAUCAGUCGGAUAUUGACUUUUUCACUGCAUUAGUUGGAGACUACCAGGCUCACAAGACUGAUUAUGUUAAAUACUUUGCCACUGCGCAAGGAGUUCCUGCAGUAUUGUCAACAAUAGCUACUCAAGUAUUAACAUAUACCGACGACUCAUAUACCACUUUGUUGGAUAAUCCAUCAUUAAGCAUAGCCGAGUUGGAGAGCUAUGCCACCAAUAUUCCAUGGUACACAAGAAUAGAAGCUGCUGGUGCUGCUAAUGGUGGUAGUAGUGGUGCCGCUUCAGAUUCUCACUCUGCAUCUUCAGCUACAGGCUCUUCCGCAACACGGAAUACAGCUGCUUCAACAUCAACAUCAACUUCAACUUCAACUGCUAAUGGUGGUAGUGCACGUAUGGCUGCUCCAAUUGGUGCCGCUUUGGGUGCCUUGGCUAUAGCCUUGUUAUGA